GAAAAGUAAAUGUUAUCUAAUAUAUCCAAAUAAUAACCAAAAAGUCGAGAUAGUAUAUAUCCAAAAUUAUGCGUCUAAUUAAAAUAGCAUAAUGUUAUUUAAAACCAUUCAUAUUGAUUACAAAAUAAAUAACCAAAUAAUUAAAACUAAAAUAUUAAUAAAUUAUUAUAAUAUAUUUAUUUCAUAAUAUUUAUAUUCGUGUCUGAGCAUGGAAAAAUCACCUAGUGUUAUCAAUUCAAAAACCAUUAGAAUAAAUUAUUUUCAUGUGUUUGAAUUAUUUAAUAACUAGUUAAUAUUUAAAAAAAAUUAUGUAUACAGCUUUUUAUUUUGAUAAAAUAUCUUUAAUUACGUAAAAUAAAAUUGAAAUUAUUUAUAUAUACAUAAAACUACAUAUGUGAUUUAUACUUAUUUUUAAAAUAUUAUGAUGUAAAAUAUUUUUGGCUAAAAUAAUAUAGAAUCUUCUUAUAUAAUGAUGAUUGUCAAAUUAAUCAAAUUCUUUUAUAAUUUAUGGUUAAUUAUAUAUUAACAAAUCUAAUCUAAUUAUUUAUUAAGAGUAAUAAGAAAUUGAACGCUCUAAUUUUUAACAUUAGAGAGAAAAACCACUUCACAAAUAAUAGUAUAAGAUAUUUUUGAAUUUUCCAAAUUCUACAUAAAUUAUCGCAAUGAGUGAUUUUGAUUGUCUUAAUUUUUUUUAUCUUAAACGAUAGAUGAUUCAUUCUAUCUUAUGUUAUAUAUAUAUUAAAAUAGAUCUGGUUUAAUAUUACUAAACCAAAUAUAAUAUAAACAUAUAUAUAAUAUUUUAAUAUUACUAAAGUAAAUAUAAUAUAAAUUUAAAUAUCAUAUUAUAGUUAGAAUUUUUUUAAUUAUUCUGAAGAAAAUGAUAAAUUAUCAGCUAAAAUUACUAAUAUCAUCUAUUAAGAUUAAUAAUUUAGCAUAAAAUAUGACUAAACCUAGAAUUAUGGAAAGCAUGACAAAUCAUUAAAUUCGCUUUUUAAAUAAUAAUAUAGAUAUAUAGAUCUGAUUCAAUGCUGACUCUGAGAUUUUGGGGACUCUAUACGAUUUAAUAAAGAUUUAAUAGUUUGGAUGAGGGAGGUAAAACUUUUUUUUUACAGGUUUGGAGGUCCAUGCAUAUAUAAAAUAAAUUUCAAAAACUUUAGAAGCAUGAUUUCGUUAGUUUGGCCCAUGACCGGCCGUGAUCUGAUUAUCUAUAUAAACGUGUGUAGGUUGAUCCAAACCUGAACAAAACAAAAUACAAAUUAAGAUUCUAAUAAGGAAAUUAUUUGGUUUUUCCUUUUUAGUUGUACAAAAAUAUGGCAAGAUCCCAUCUAUAUAUAACGUAGCCUGUUGGGCAAUGCAAUCACUUAGAUUAUCAAAUUUGUCUAUUGUUGUUCAGAGUCUUCCUCCAUCUCUCUGCUUUUUCGAUCAUCAGCCUCUAGACUCGCUGCCUUGAAGGAUACGCUACUAAAUUCUAUAAAAGAACACUAGGGUUUCAAUAUACGAGCUAGGGCUUUGGAACAAUGGCAUAUAAUUUUGUGGAUUGUCUGCGAAACAUAUGGUCCUUUUCAAUGAUUGAUACUGACCUGAGAGACUCAAAGGAGAUUGUAAACACACUCUCAGUGCCUGAGAGCACAAAGACCUUUGUGUUUGCUAUCAGAGUCCCUGAGCAUGACUCCACUAUUCACAUACUCUCUGCUCAGAGUCUGUCUAUAAGAUCUGUUAUUGACGCCGAGUGUCUUAUACGUGAACUCUGUCCUGAUGCUGUAGUAGCUCAAGUGAACGGUCCAGCUUUUGGAGAAGAGUCUCAAGAGAUUGAUGAUGGCACUAAUGAUUCCAUCCCCACGUCAGCUUUCAGAGUUCUUACACGUUGUUUUGUGGAUAAAACUUUUGACAAAGAGAAGUACGAAAGUGUUGCCGGGAACUUGGUUUUGAAGGAGAUCUUUGGGACAAGUUUCAAUGGACAUGUAUUGGCUGCCAAGAAGGUGGCUGAGGAGGUUGGUUCAUCGUUUUUGGUUCUUGGCUCUCCAUUCAUUAUGAAGGGUCUAUCUAAAUCUCUCACAACAAAAUAUUAUUAUGGCUCUGCUAUAAGCUCCACAAGGUUUCAGAUAACCAAUGAUGCACGUGCACUGAUGCUGAAACUGUUAUCUUCUCAUAUAACUCAGCUCGGUAAAGAGCUUAUCCCAUCAAGCUGUCUUGCCAAUGAGAUGGAGUCUGAUAGUGUUAAGCUUCCAGAAUUUGCGUACUCCAUUUAUAACUUACUUGUUGAUCUUCACAACAUAUUCAAUGGUCUCCCAGCUAUUAGGAAAGCUUUAGACAGCGCCACAAAGAUGUUGUCUGAUGUAAACAGAGGGGAAUCCGUUGAUAAAGAGGCUCUUCUUUCUGAAGUAUAUCUUUUCAGGAUUGCAGUUGAAGGUAUAAGAAUUGCUUUGAACAAUUCUGGUCGGCUACCUAUUAGGAACCUAGGUUAUGUAUCUAACCAAACCCAAGUUCAGUUCUCAAAGCUCUCUUCUAUGGAGAAAUCUUAUGCACUUAUGGCAGCUAAUCUUCGUGAUCAGGCUAAAAAGUUUAAGAAGAUAGUAGUAGUAGUAGACGCAGGUAACCUUGCAGGUCUUAGGAGACACUGGAGAACUAGUGUUCCUCAAGAAGUUAAAGAUAUGUCUACUGAGCACACGGUACUGGACUCUGACAGUAAUGAUUCCAACGUAAAACCAGUGGGUGCGGUUGGUGCGGCUGCUUUAACACUAACCAAGAUCAUUUUAGAUUUGAAAGCCCUAGCUCCGCUGAAACCUUUCUUGACAAACACGCAAGAGGCAAUGUAUUUGUCAAAGGCAUCUUUAUCCGCCGAGACAAUCAGGGGAGUAACACAAUAUAUAUUAUAUUCUGCUUUUGAUACGAGCUUCUUUUCCGUACAAGCUACACUCUAUUCGAUGAUAAUGAGGAGAAGACGAGCAAAACCUAUUGGCACCUUACCAAUGGCUAUGUUUGGAGCCAGUCUUGCAACGUGUGCGGGGUUGCUCUUCUAUGAAAAGGGGAUCAUGUGUGCAGCUGAGACUCUUCCUUCAGCUCCUUCGAUAGAAAAACUGGGACAUGGGAUUCAAAACUUACGUGAGGCGUCUAAGGAAGUGACAAGGAGAGAAGACAAAAGGAUACAGAACACAAUGGAGGGGCUUAGUGAGAGGCUAAGGAACUUCACGCUUCAUUAUUCAUUAUCUUUCAGUUUCAAAACCAAAUUUGGUUCAUAAUUGUAUUUUUCAAAACGGUUGUAUAUAAUAUUUCCAAUAAUACAAUAUCAAAUAUUUCCAUUAAUGUAAUAUUUAAUUACACUGAUUAGCAUUUGCAAUAAAGAUAGAAAGUACAGUAUCUUCUUAUAUUGCCUAAGUGACCAAUAUUUUCAUUGAUAUAAUAGUAUUAAUUAAAAUACUAAUUAUCAGUAUAUAUAUAUAUAAAUCAAAACGGAACCAAGUAUAUAUAUAAAAAAAUUCAGAUUCUAAUUCUUAUACUUUAAUUUUAAAACCGAGAAAACCAGCAUAGCCAAACUUAACCAGGUCGAAUAAUUGAAUAAACAAAUUUACGAUUUUUUUUCGAAUUAUAUAAGAAUGUCAAAUUAACUUUGAAGCUUUGGAGAAGCUCAAGUUAAGGAGACUGUAUUAGGAAAUGGGUCAAAGUGAGUUGAU